UUAACGCAAUGCUACAUAAACAGCAGCUUGUGAGCCAGAAAACUGGGAUAAUAAUUCCUAAACUGCAUGUUAAGGCUUAAUAUUGUCAAGAUUCAGUUAUCUUACAAGGUUUCCAAAAUGACUAAUGACAUAUCCAAAAAGAAAGGGAAGAGUUCCACUGAGAAAAAGGCGAAAAGAAAAGCCAAAAGAAAAGAGACUUACGCGAUGUACAUCUAUAAAGUUUUGAAACAGGUUCAUCCGGACACCGGCAUUUCGAGCAGGGCCAUGAGCAUCAUGAACUCGUUCGUCAAUGACCUGUUUGAGAGAAUCGCCACAGAAGCGUCCCGGCUGGCUCAGUACAACAAACGCGCCACCAUCACCAGCAGGGAGGUGCAGACCGCAGUGAGGCUGCUGCUGCCCGGAGAGCUGGCCAAACACGCCGUGUCUGAGGGCACCAAAGCUGUGACAAAGUACACCAGCUCCAAGUGAAGACGUCAACAAACGCCACUUUAUCAUGACACGGAUAAUAAACCUGUGCAUCAGUGGCUUUGUUGGCUGUUUGAUUUCAAUAAAUGCACAAAGCUCA